AUGAGUGGAGCAGUGCUUCAAGCAAUCCACGUCACUCCAACCAAAAUGGAACAUCAGUUAUCAAUUGUGGGCGGAGUCGCAACUCCAGAAGUCAAAGAUGACGUCAAGGAUUCGGUGAUGCCGUCGACGGCCGCUAAUGAUGUGUCACCGUCACCGUCGGAACCAGAUACGGACGCUAUUAAGAUGUUUGUUGGACAGAUCCCCCGCCAGUGGAACGAAGUCGACUGCCGCCGUCUAUUCGAAGCGUACGGUUCAGUGUAUUCGUGUAAUAUUCUCCGCGACAAAUCGACACAAACCAGCAAAGGUUGCUGUUUCGUCACAUUCUUCCAUCGAAAAGACGCUAUCGAGGCUCAGGGAGCACUUCAUAAUAUUAAAGUUAUCGACGGAAUGCAUCAUCCUGUUCAAAUGAAACCCGCUGACACUGAGAAUCGAAAUGAACGAAAGCUGUUCAUCGGUCAGCUGAGUAAAAAGCACAGCGAGGAAAAUCUCCGUGAGAUAUUCUCAAAAUUCGGACAAAUCGAGGAUUGCAGUGUGUUGAGGGAUAACGACGGAAAGAGUCGAGGAUGUGCAUUUGUAACGUUCACGAAUCGAAGCUGUGCCGUCGUCGCCACCAAAGAAAUGCAUCACUCGCAAACGAUGGAGGGUUGCUCCGCCCCUCUGGUCGUCAAAUUCGCCGACACUCAGAAAGAUAAAGAUGUGAAGACGAAAUCGAUGAUUUCCGCCGGAAAUGCGGCGGGAGGCGGAUCGCCGAAAGGCGCCGCCGCAAAUUUGAUGCAGAAUUUGAAUCCCGCACUAUUGCAACAGCUCGGCGGUGGUCAAAACUAUCAGGCGGUCGCCUCACUGCUCUCAUUGAUUGGUCAACCAGGACAACAACAACAACAACAGAAUGUAUUGGGAAUUCUAGGAUCAGUGUUAUCCGCGCUGGGAAAACUGACAGAAAGUGAUGACGUCGUGUCUGGCGGCGCAUCAAAAUCCACGUCACCACCGGAAAAGAAGACGUCACCACAGUCGUCGUCACAUCAUCAUCAUCUGAAUCCGACGUCUUCUGGAGCGUCGGCGACGUCAACGACUACAGUAUCCUCGCAUCAUUAUCUUCAACAGCAACAACAGCAAUUAGGCGCCCACCAACUCCUUCCCCAACCUCAAUCCCAAUUCGACGCGAUCACAAUGGCCCAAAUCGCCCAUCAAAUCAAAUCUCUAUACCAUCACCAUCCCUAUCAGUAUACCACCACUGGCCCCGCCUACUCAACAGGCUCCCCCGAUUCGUCGAGUGCCGCCACCGACUCGUCCGAAGACAAUCAGCAUCCGAAGACUCCAACGGGCGGUCAGAAGCAAUAUGGAUACGCCCCGCCCCCUAUGAUGACGUCACGUCAUCAGAAUAGUCAUCUGAUGAUGCAACAGCAGCAACAACACCUGCAAAGGCAGCAGCAGCUAUUGCAUAAUGCGGCUUUUGGCAUGGCCGGUGGACUCGCUGGAGCCAAGACGACGUCGCCCGUCGCGGCGACCCUUGCAAACCAUCAGCAGAUGGCGUUGACACCGUUUGCCGCCGGCGGAGCAGCUGCUCUCGAUCAUUUUCAGGCGAUGCAGCAACAGUAUGCAUUGCUCGCCAACCUUCAAGCCACAUCAGCGGCCGUCGGAGUGCCCUCAGCCGUCACGUCGACUUCCGGCGCCGGUCAACUCAUCGGAAACGGAGACGUCCGCGGUCCGGACGGUGCGAAUCUCUUCAUUUAUCACUUGCCACAAGACUUUGGAGACACUGAUCUCAUUAAUACGUUCGCACCGUUUGGUGUCAUCCUGUCGGCGAAAGUGUUCAUUGAUAAAGUCACGAAUUUGUCAAAGUGUUAUGGAUUCGUCUCAUUCGAGAAUCCGCAAUCGGCGACGAACGCCAUCUCGGCGAUGAACGGAUUCCAAAUCGGUUCGAAACGGCUGAAAGUUCAGCUGAAAGUCGAUAGAGGUCAUCCGUAUAGCAGAUAG